UGAUCCAGAAAAAUAUUGCAAAUGAAAUGGCUAAAAACAAUUUGCAACCCAUAUAUAUUUCCUCGCGGUGCAUAUUAUAGUUAUAGUGGGCAAAAUGCUCGGCAGGUUAAUAUAUUGCUCUGAUUAAUGUCCGGCCUUUCCGCUUUCAACUAAGAGCGCUGCCGCAAACGAGCGACAGCAGACCAAGUUGCUCACUGGAUGUUGAUUAACAGCCAGCCGGCCAAUCUCUGCCCCGACGACAGUGACACAAAGACAGUCUGUGGGAAGCAUGUCGACGCUGACAGCCCUGUAAAUAUCGAGUUUUGCUCUGCUCCCACGUGUCGUCCAGCCGGCAGAAAUCCACGAAGAACAAAAGAUGUCUGGUGCUGAAAACGGUCGCUUCAUGUAUUUCGCUUUUGGAAGCAACUUGUUGAAGGAAAGACUGCAACUGGCAAACCCCUCGGCGACAUUCUGCACUACUGGCCGACUGAAGGACUAUGAGCUGAAUUUUGGCCUGUGGGAGAAACAUGCAGACAACACUUGGCAUGGUGGAGUCGCCACCAUUGAGUGCCAUCCAGGGGCAGAAGUGUGGGGGGUGGUCUGGACUUUGAGCAUCGAAAACCUGGAGAGCCUCGACAACCAGGAAGGGGUGAACCUGGGAAAGUACUCCCCCCUGGAGGUUUCAGUGGAGACUGAUAAAGGAAUGAUGCUCUGCAGGACUUACCAGAUGAACAAUUUCCAUGCCUGUCCUCCCUCUCCUCAGUACAAACAGGUGGUGUGUCUGGGUGCAGAGCAGAAUGGGCUCCCCAUGGAGUACCUGAAGAGGCUGGAGGCCAUUCAGACCAACAACUACAGUGGCCCCUCAAUUCUUGAUCAAAUCAGACCAGUUUUGAAGUAGAGAUCCAAAGUUCAAGACUGAGACUUUAUGAACAGAACAGAAUGUGUAAAAAGCUAGUAACAAGUGAAGGCUGAAGGACUGAUACUCAGUUAUGAAACUGAAUUGGCACCACUGUGUGCCCAUUAGUUAAUAGUGCAUGCACUUCACAAUGAAACGUUCGGCUGGCCCCAACAGAGACAUUAUUAGGGCUGAACAAUAUGUAAAAGUCAUAUUGCUAUUAUAUUGACAGGUACUGCAAUAAGUCACGAUUAGUGUGUAUAGUCAUUGCAUUUUUCAUUUUCACUGAAAAAAAAACACAAAAAUGUCCUUUUUCAUGCAAACAAGCAUGGUCCCUUUCUGUCUGGAGGAAAUGAUUUGUAGGCUGGGACUUAUUUUAAAAUGGUACGCUGUGACAAAUUUGACCUUCAUCAAAAACUUGCAGCUCCUGCAAUACGACUGUUGCACUUAAUUGAGUUGUGAUUUGAGGUAUAUUGACAAAUGUAUUUAAUUUCAGAGCAUCACAAUUGAACAUGUGCAUUGCAGGAAGAAAAUUAUUUAAUUCCAGAAUUUCUCAGGGGAAUAUUGAACACUGAUGAAACACCCGUAAGACCUUUAUUGCACUGCCUUUGUUAUGACUAACUAUUAUGAUCUGUCCCUGUUGACAAAGGAAGAAAGAGAAGCCUGAGGUUUUGACUGAUUUUACAGGUUAUUAUUAAAGAAAUAUACCUUGGGGUGCUUUCAUGAUGCUUGAUUAAAAAUGUCACUUUUUAUUACCAAAUGGAAAAAUAAAAAUGAUCAUUUACGUAAAAGGAAACCACUUUAUUCUUUACAACACAGUGGCCUUGAACAGAAUGAGAAUUUGUACCUCUCCCAACAUUCUUGAUCCACUCGGACUUAUAGAAAAUACAUGUAUAGUACAAAAAAAAAGUUCUCAGGAGAACAUAAGAUAGAUGUUGACCCCCCCCAUAACAUGUUUUAUGUUUUGUUGAAUCUCUAGGUUCUGUGGCAUUAAAAAGUUUGCCCAUCUCUGGUCGAAAUUUCUGUUAUGAAAAAUCUAGACUAGACUAGAAGAUGAUCUGAAAGUAAUAAAAAUAGCGAUGAAACAUUCUCUAACAUUUUAAGCAGGAUUAGUGUAUUAUUUUGUUUUGUCCCCUCAAACUAUUUGAUCUCUCAGAUAGCGUUUAAUUAGCUUGUUAGGUCGCUAACAUUGCUCAGAGCUUUUAAGGCAAAUCAAAGCUCCUCGCGUGGAUUUAACAGACACUGUUCUACUGUGCAGUAUCACCAGCACAAAUAUGAGCGUCAUGGAGGAGUCAGACAACCUUUCCUGUGUCCUCGCCACAAAAUUCAGCAUCAGUAGUUUGCAGAGACACAUCUAGACCAGCCUGAUGCAUUUUGGAAAGAAUUUGUGUGGACUAUAACUUUUUUGUCUGGAGAGAAAAGGGUGUGUAAUGUCAUGAAAACACAGUUGGAUCGAUCAUGCUUUGGGCUUAGGGCCAUGGCCCUCCCACUCCCCCAACCUAAACAUCAUUGAAACGCUGUGGAUAGACCUCAGAUAAGCAGUGCCUGCAAGACAGCCCAAAAAUCUCGCACAACUAGAAGCGUUCUGCAGGGAGGAAUGGGUGAGAGCUGUGAUACUUGCCAUAGAGUGAGUUACUGAAUACUAACCAUGCAGGGAGCUCAAACUUUGGC